AUGAGCAAAGUAAAUGUUCUGGUCGAGACUUCAGAUGGCAUUACAAUUCCAAUCCUUCGUUGGUACUAUCAUACUGAAGAACCUCAACCUGAACCGCCAGAAGAUGCGCCUGCCGCGCCAGACAAUCCGCGGAAAGACGAAAUCGAUGAAUGGUAUUUGCGAUUUUUUGGCGAAAUGGGACAAGGUUUAAUGUUUGAUACACUUAAAGCUGCCGACUACCUUGAUAUACCAGAACUUCUAGAUAUUGCGUGCAAGUGCGUUGCUCUCAUGCUCAAAAUGAGGACGCAUAAAGACGUUUGCGAAAUGUUUGGCAUCACCGAUCCCGGAAUCACCGAUCAACGCUACAUAUACCUUUACAAUAAGUAUAGUUGGUGUAGCGAUUGA